GUCGUUCCUCCAGCAACCACCAGGACCGCAACAACCACGCAGACCCGACCACGGUCUCCAAAGGCCCCAGCACCAACGCCAACGCAGCUGGAACCAAGACCAAGCAAGGCGGAAACAGUAAACAGAAGAAGCACCAUACAGCCAUGGCGACAGUUAGGGGGGCCCACGGACCACCGACAGAGCAAGAUGAACA